GCCAGUGUAAUGAAGCUAAAAUAGGAGUAAUGUGGUCAUAUUUCUUUGUUCUGGUUAAAAGCCUGGCAGCUGAGUUCUGGACAGUCUGGAGUCGAUCAGUAGAUUAAUAGUAAUAAUAAUGUAUCAUACAGAUUUGUUUUAUGACCACCACUUCUAAUUUAUUUUAACUUCGUUUCAGAGUUGAUGUUUUGUCCCAUUUUUUUUGCAUGGCGUACGGCUCUAACUACUACAAUACCCAUGAGCCUCUGCCGCCGUUGCAAUGUCAGGCCGAGGCACGAAUCAGAGCGAUGGUGAAUUGAAAACGCUUCGUAGCAGAGUUAGUGAACAAAAACAGUGCCACAGUUGCCGAACUCGUCCAGUAAUAGUCACACAGAAAUAAAUUUAUGUUGCAUUGUGUUACUCACAGAGACUGCUGCGGUUGCGUGUCAUUUUAAGCUUUGUGAUUGGAUGGUUGUUAAUGUAAUUUCUUUUUUUGCCGAAAUGCACCUUGGGAGUAGUAGUUAACUUAUCUUGAAGUGUUAACAUUCAUAUGCUUGUAAAAUGUAUUUUAACGCAGUUGUUAACACUCUAGCAUGUGAUUCAGCUGAGAAUAAAAAUACGUGGGAAUUAACUUCCGGGAACCUGAGUCUCAACUCUGUAAAAGCCAGUGUUGAAUGACAGUGUCCCUCACCUCCUCACUGUCCAAUCAUCAAAUAGCUUUGAGUUUGUAGUUACUUAAGGAACUGUUGCUAAGGGGUUGAUAACACUUAACACAAAGUUAACCACUGUUUGCUUCACAGUGGACACAAAAUAGCUUUGGGGUUCAUCAUAUUCAGUGAGGUAAAAACAGCUGAUAGCAAAAAAGAAAUUAGGGGGGAAGUGCAUGUGAAAGUAGCCUAAUGCAGAUCCAGUCGGUGCCCCUCGGCUCUGUCACCAUCGGUCCGCAGUCUUGGCACGAUGGGACGGUCCGCUCCAUCCGGCGGGCUGAGCGCCUGGUGCGGCAGACUCGGGCCGGGCUGUCCGGGACUUCCAGCCGGCCCCCUAGCUGCAGCGCCGCCGCCAGUUUUACCCCAAAGCGCACAGACUGCACAGCGGAAACAACCGAAGAUAAGAUCACAGAGGAGGAAUGCGGAGAGAAUCGUGACUCCAUCUGCAAAAAUAAGAUGUCGAGGCCCCAGACAACAGGAGCGAUGUUUCCAAGUGGCUCCCAGAGGAUGUCUGUGGCCCCGUUCCCACCUACCAGCUUGCGUGAGCGGUGUGCUGGGGCCAGCAUUGCCGUGGCCGGUGAGUACAUGCGAAGGGUGCGGGAGGUGGAGGGCCAGCUGCGCAGGCAAGCCGGCAGGGUGACCCAGGAGGGCAUCAAGCUGGAGAGGGAGAGGGGUCACCUUGAGAGGAUGCUGCGCAGCCUCAGGACUGAUCUGACCGUCAACAGGAGGAGCUCAGAGGGGAGGACUAGGAGGCCGUCCACUGCUGAGACAGAGAGAGAUGGAGCUGAUUACUUGUUGUUGUGUGAGAGAAAAGAGCUGGCCCAGUUGAAACAGGAUCUGGAAGGAGCGCUGAGAAACACACUGACCCAGCUACAGGCCCUGGGUCAGAGCAGCAAACACCUGUUGGACUGCGCCAGUGAAAGGGCUCGUGUCCUGGAGCUGCUGCCUCAUAGCAGCUCUGCUGGAGGACACCGCUGCGCUGCUCAGACCUUCACCAAAGCAGAUCCCGUCAGCCCCUUUACACCAGAAUGUAAACAGAUUUUAGAGUCGUCCAGUUUGACAGUCAACCAGUCACAGCUACUGAGGGAAAACAUCAGACAGAUGCUAACCAGUGCCAUCUCCAGGCAGAAAGCUGUUCACCAUACAGUCAAUGAUGGCCUGGUGAAGAAAAUCAGUGAGACAAUCGGUCUGCAGCAAAACCUAACUUUGAUGUCAGCAGCCACCAGACAGGCCAUGUUUCGCAAGCAGAGGGAAAUUAACUGUAUUCGGCACAGCCACGACAGAGUGCAGGGUCCAGAGUACAGCGGUGACAUUCUGUCCAGAGAGAAACUCAACAGGCCUCUGGUGCAGGUUUAUCAGAGACACCCAGGGACACAGUUACCUGAGGCUGCUCAUCUCAUACAGGGCAGUGCAGUGCUGAGGCGAUGUCUCAUGUCCUCUGAGGGUGAGCUGGCGAGGCUGCAGCGUGCCUUUCUACAGAUGCUGGACGACCAGCAUGGCAAGACAGCAGCAGCUCAGGUGGACGCAGCUGUUGUCCGCAUGAGGCGCCAGCAGGUCGACGUGCGAGCCAUGCCUUCUUUCCUCCAGCAGGGGCGUGCAGGAGCCAACUCACAUUGUCUUGUGUUCGGUAGGGGUGAAGCAAGCAUGCAAGUAGAGAGGGAUGAUAGUGUUAAGUGUUUUUUGAGAAAGAGGGAGAAGCUGUGUGCAAAAUGUGCUGGAUUAAGAAGAAUUAAUGCUAUUUAAGGGAAUAGUGGGGUUUCUAGCUUUGUGGCAAGAGUUUGUGGAGCCCUUUCCUAUUUCAAUUACCCCAUGCACAAGGUCAGGUCUAUAAAGAAUUGGUUUUGACCAACUUGACUGGCCUGUAUAGACCCCUGACCUCAAACCCAUGCAACACCUUUGAGAUAAACUGAAAUGCAGAUCAUGAUCCAGGCCGUAUGCUCUUCUGGCUGAACUGGAGCAAAUCCCUGCAGUGUGAAAAGCCUUCACAGAAGAGUGGAGGCUGUGAUAGCAAAGACUAAUGCCCACCGUUUCAGAAGGAACUCAACCACCACAUAAGGGUAGAAUGUUCAGGUGUCCACAUACUUUGUCAGAUAGAGUAUGUUCCUACACUGAGCUGCACACAGUUUUUUUCCCUUUGUGCAGCAACAUUUUAAACACCGAAAUACAAAUUCAAACAAAUUCUUAACGAGUUACAAAACAAUGUGCAAGACUCUUGUGUUAAAAUCUUCCUGUUCAUGAAGAAAGCAAACUGAGGAUUUGUCUAAUGUAACAUAGGAAAGCUUAGACAUUUACUCAAUUAGCUGAUGCUUUUUUUAAUCCAAAGCAACUUACAAUUGCUAUAUAUGUCAGAUUUUGCAAGCCUCUGGAGCAGCUAGGGGUUAAGUGUCUUGCUCAGGGACACAUUGGUGAUGUCACAGUGGGAAUCAAACUAGGUCUCUCAUACCAAAGGCACAUGUCAUCCUCUGCCCAUCGCCACCAAAAUACAUAGACAAAUGCAAUAAAGUAUUAGAAAAUCA